CACUACUUUACGUCCGUUUGUUGCUUGAAUGUUUCUCUCUUCUGUCCUAAAUUUGUGUUGAAGAAACAUGAGGAAAUAGGAAAAAUAAAUUUCUUAUGAGAAAUUCGCCAAUUCAAUGAACAUGACAUAGGAGAUGGAAAUAUUUUAUAAGACUGGCCCAUAUAAUGCUGUGCCAGGAUGUAAUGGCCAUAGUAUGGGAAGGAUGCAAGAUGUUAAGUUGUUUUUUGAUGUGGAAGGAAUGAGAUAUGCGUAGAUGAUUGUCCUAGAAAAUACCUGCACAGGAAAAACGAAAGCGAGAGACAGAAAUGACCUUUGAAAAGCGACGUUGCCGUCACGAGUUACACUGAUAUUUCAAAUGCCACGGAAGUCCGCAUGAUAUUAAGUUGCGUUGACCUUUUCUUUAAAAAGAAAUAAGAAAAAAAAAAAUAUAUAUAUAACACAAGGCAGGAAAUAUUAGAAAUCUUGACGAAACCAAAUCAUGGGAAAAUAACAUUAGAUUAUAAAAGAGAGACAUGGAAAAAUAAUAAUAGUCAUUUUUUUUUAUUUUUUAACGCCCAACGCUAUUUUCCCUGUUUAAGGAAACCAACUCUCAUUUCCCCUUUAUCUCGAAUCCUGACUCAGCAUGACUUUGCGAGGGUCACCAGUUCACUUCGCCGUGGUCACAGUCAUGCUGUAUAGCGUGGCCUUCAAAACCGAAAUCAACGCGCAGAUUGACGUCGUUACUGAGGUCAAUUUUGUUACGAAAAAUAUGACCUUGCUUGACCUGAUGGAUAAUGACACGUCCAGUAACAACAUUUCUGGAGGUCUCAACAUCGGGGAUCCCUGUUGUGGUCUAACAGAAGCAAACCCGUGCUCGGCCGAGGGGGCGGAGUGUGUCAACUGCACCUGUGUCUGCGAGCCAGAUCGAGCACCGAACGAGAGCAACGGCGAAGAAUGCAGGGUGAGGCCAACAGCCGCCGGUAAUCUGAAUGAUGGCGCGCUCCCCUUAGAGUUUUGCAGGGUUAAGGAUGACUGCAUUAAAGGCUUGGAUUGUAAUGACAGUAUCUGCCUUUGUCCCUAUCCCUGUAAAUUCGUCCCCGAGAAGAUGAUCUGUGACUGCGGUGAUGCUGAGCCGCCGUUGCUCCCGAUUCUGCUUGGCUGUGGCCUCGGCGUCCUUAUCUGUGGCUUUUGGCUCCGGAUGAUCAUGCUGACGCUCUCGAGACACGAAUCUUCCCUCAAGAGCCGUCCGCAGGGAGGUGGUGUCGAGCUCGUGCCCCGAGUGACCCCGAAAGACGCUGCCAACGGAACCAACCCGCCGCCCUUCCCUCCGCCAAUGAACGCAAACUUACAGAACGGUGGCUUAGACCCUUAUGGGUACUCGGCUCCUCCCCCUUUCCCGCCCCCUCAGUUCGGCUUCGACCCCACAACAAGACCUCUCUCCCUCCGCCCUAUGCAUCCCCUUCUGUCCCUGCCCAUCCUACCCAUUCCGUCCCUCCCUAUGUCACUUUGCCCAACACAGCUUAUUCUCCACCCAAGGAAGAGAAACAAUAAACUUGGCAGCCACUUCGCCGUGUCAAGACCAAGACCCCGAAGAUGUUCGAAAUUCUGGAUUCUUUUUCGUCUUUGUUCGAAAAUCGUGACCGUGGCCGAAACAAAAAAUUAUUGUAGAAAGUGACCAUUUUCGUAAAAUACAGAAAUAAAUAAU